AUGUGCCCUACUCCUGACGUCCCGGCCACCAACGGCCAGUCUAAUGGCUCCAAUGGUCACGCGAAUGGCUCCAAUGGCGCUGCUAACGGCAACAAUGCUGACCACCCCGGCUACACUGCCAUUCCUACCAAGCAGAAGCACAGCAACCCCUAUCAGCCCGUAGGCGACUUCCUCAGCAACGUUGACCGAUACAAGAUCAUCGAGUCCACUCUGAGAGAGGGUGAACAAUUCGCCAACGCCUUCUUCGACACCGAGACCAAGAUUAAGAUUGCGAAGGCUCUUGAUGAGUUCGGCGUCGACUACAUCGAACUGACCUCUCCCGCUGCCUCUGAGCAGUCCCGCAAGGACUGUGAGGCCAUCUGCAAGCUCGGCCUUAAGGCCAAGAUUCUGACCCACGUCCGCUGCCACAUGGAUGAUGCCCGUUUGGCCGUCGAGACCGGUGUUGAUGGUGUUGACGUCGUCAUUGGCACCUCUUCAUACUUGCGCGAGCACUCCCACGGCAAGGACAUGACUUACAUCAUCAACACUGCCAUUGAGGUUAUCGAGUUCGUCAAGUCCAAGGGUCUUGAAAUCCGUUUCUCAUCCGAGGACUCCUUCCGUUCCGACCUCGUCGAUCUUCUCUCCGUCUACAGUGCCGUCGACAAGGUUGGUGUGCACAGAGUCGGUAUUGCCGACACCGUCGGUUGUGCCAGCCCCAGACAGGUCUACGACCUUGUCCGUACGCUCAGAGGUGUUGUUAGCUGUGACAUUGAGACGCACUUCCACAACGAUACUGGAUGUGCCAUCGCCAACGCGUACUGCGCUCUUGAGGCUGGCGCCACUCACAUCGACACCUCUGUUAUCGGCAUUGGCGAGCGUAACGGUAUUACUCCCCUUGGUGGUCUGAUGGCUCGCAUGGUCGUCGCCGCCCCUGAGUACACCAAGUCCAAGUACAAGCUCCACAAGCUUAAGGAACUCGAGGACCUCGUCGCUGAGGCUGUCGAGAUCAACAUUCCCUUCAACAACUACAUCACUGGCUUCUGUGCCUUUACCCACAAGGCUGGUAUCCACGCCAAGGCCAUUCUCAACAACCCUAGCACAUACGAAAUCAUCAACCCUGCCGAUUUCGGUAUGAGCAGAUACGUCCACUUCGCCUCCAGAUUGACGGGAUGGAACGCCAUCAAGAGUCGUGUUGAGCAGCUCGGCCUCACCAUGACCGAUGCACAGGUCAAGGUCGUCACCCAGAAGAUCAAGGCCUUGGCAGACGUCAGGCCGAUUGCCAUUGACGAUGCUGACUCGAUCAUUCGUACUUUCCACUUGAACAUCAACUCAGAGGGCGAGGAGAAGCCGUUGCUCCCGAACAUGACUGCCGAGGAGCAGGCCAAGUUUGAGAAGGCGGAGAGAGAGCUUGCUGGCGAGCCGGAGAAGCGUGCACUGGAUGAGGCUGCAGCGGAGCCUGCUGCCAAGAAGAUUAAGGCGUAA